AUGUCCACGCCAGCAGAUUCUGUUACUCCCACCGAUCAUACAACUACAACAACAUCAAUGGAGGAUGAUCCACAAAAUACAGUAGUAACAUCAAAUUCUCGUGAACAGGAGGAUAAAGCGAUGGCUGCUUUGGAUUUAUUCGGAGAUCAUGAUGGUGGUGUAACAAAAAUAACAACAACAACAAGUGGUGAUAAUAAUAAUAUGGCUGAUGAAGAUGAUGACGAUGAUGAUGAUUUAUCUGAUGAUGAUGACGAUGGAGUUACUUUUGUGACUAGUACAGAAACUGCAGCACAAGCAGCUACAACAAAACCAACAGAAGUUACACAAAUUGCUAUCGGUGAUUCUAAAAACAAUGUUAAAAGUCAAGCUAACAAAUCUGUGGAUUCACAAUCAAUUAAUGGAGAUCAAUUUAAAGGAAGUGGUUAUGUAGAACUUUUUCCACUCAAGAUGAAUGAAAAUGUCUUCUUCAAUGAUUUACAAAAUUAUGAAGAUAAACCUUGGAGAAAACCUGGAGCAGAUAUUACAGAUUAUUUUAAUUAUGGUUUUAAUGAGGAAACAUGGGAAUUGUACAUUCAAAAACAAAGAGAAUUGAGAGGAGUUUAUUCAUCAAAUUCCGAAAGAAGUAAAUAUGAGUCGAGGGAUCAAAGAGGUUCUUCUAGGGAUCCUCGUUCAUCAGGAAAGGACGAUAGAUCUGGAAGACCACCUGCCUCUCCUGUCAGUACAACUAGUAGCAAUAGUGAUGAUAGACGAUAUGAUAGAAGAGACGAUGAUAGAUAUGGAAGAAGAUAUGAUAGAAGAGAUGACAGAAGAGACGAUAGAAGAGACGACAGGCCAAGAGACGAUAAGAGAGACAUUAAGAAAGAUAAUACCCCAACUAGAGAUUCAGAUUACAAUGAUAAGAAGAGACCUAUUUCAUCUUUGGAAAGUCCAAAAUCUUCUUCAUCAAACAGAGAUAGUAGGGAUAGUAGGGACAGUAGAGAUAGUAGAGACGGAAGAGACUCAAAGCCUUAUGGAGGAAAAGAUAGCUACUAUGGUGGCGAUAGAGGAAGAGGUGGAUCAAGCAGUGGUGGACGAGGAGGAAGCUCUUAUGGAGGUAGCUCAAGUAGUAGCAGUGGUGGCAAUAGAGGAGGAGAUCCUAAGAAACAAAAACGUUAA